GAGACGGGCGUAUAGACAUGGUUUGCCCAAUAACGUAAGUCGAAGAGGAUACGUGAAAGACACAGAAAACAACGAGAUUUUCCGCUUAAUUUUCCUAUUAUAAUAUUGAUCCGGAAUAGUGGAGUUUGUGGCGAUACCUACCUACGAUAUAUAACCUCAUUUCCAUUUUUUUUUUUAAUUUAAAUUUUAAUUGUAAACGAGACGCUAUCGCCGCGUACUUGUACUACAUGGGGCGUUGCUAAUCUGCGGCAUUUGUGACAUUUGUUUUAAUUUUUUUUUGCCUCUCGUUCUGGCCCGGUACCACCGCCUGUUGUUCGUUCGCUUCGAGUUAUAUCUGCUACUUUUGGCCCCUUUGUGUUGGAUUAACCUGUAAUCAAAUUAACAAAAAAACAUGACGGACACGAGUACGGCGGACGGAGAGCUUCCGCCCCAGACCAACGGCAUAAUGAAUAACGGACUGGACGACGACGAAAGGGCGAAAAUUCGUCCGGCCGACAUCGACGCCGAUGUUCGGGAAAUGGAACGAAGGAAAAGGGUCGAUCUUAUUAUGAACAGCAAACUUUUCCGAGAGGAGCUGGAAAGAAUAAUCGAGACCCAGUUAAAAGAUGGCUCCGGGACCUCGGGACUGUUACAACAGAUCUCCGAUAUGGUUGGGGUAAACAAACAGGCAGGGAACGUGUUCAAAAGUUCAAGCUGUGUUAUUCCUAUUAACGAUAUUAGAGGUAUCGAGUCAAUGGGUUAUGGCAAAGGCGAGAAAAUCCUGAGGUGUAAACUGGCAGCCGUGUUCAGACUGAUCGAUCUUUACGGGUGGACUCAAAAUCCCGGCACCUUAAUCACUGCCCGACUGAACCAGGAGGAGGAGCAGUUCCUCGUGAAUCCUUACGGGAUGCUGUUCCACGAGAUGACCGCUUCCAGUUUGAUCAAAGUGGAUAUGCAAGGUGGCGUUUUAGAGCAGGGCACCACCAAUUUCUCGGUCAACGUGACCGCGUUUUCGUUGCACGCGGCGGUACACGCGGCCCGACCCGAUCUGCGAUGCAUCAUUCACGUCCACACCCCCUCGGUGGUGGCGGUUUCGGCACUAAAACACGGACUGUUGCCCCUCAGUCAGGAGAGCGUCGUGAUCGGCGAGAUUAGCGCGCACCCUUAUCUCGGCGGCCUAUUGGACGACGACGAAAAGGAGAAAUUGGCCCGGAAUUUGGGGCCGCUUAAUAAGGUGCUCCUGUUAACAAACCAAGGUGCCCUCUGCUGUGGCGAGACAAUAGAGGAGGCCUUCUACAACGCGCGAAACACGAUCUUGGCCUCCGAAUCGCAGCUCAAACUUCUGCCAGUAGGCGUAGACAAUUUAGUUUUACUGAACGACGAAGCGAGAAAGAAGAUCUACGAGGCGGCCCAUCGGGCUCCCGAAAGCACCCCGAGACCCGAUCAACCCUCCAUAUUGGAGGGCAAAGUCGAAAGGAAAUGGAGAGUGGGCGGUAUUGAAUUCGAAGCACUGAUGCGUAUGCUGGACAACGCCGGUUUUCGCACCGGAUACAUUUACAGACAUCCACUGGUCAAAGGGGAACCACCGAAACCGAAGAACGACGUCGAAGUACCCCCGGCAGUUUCUUCCCUGGGGUACUUAUUGGAGGAAGAAGAACUGUAUAGGCAAGGUCUAUGGAAGAAGAUUGAGGGGGGCAGAAAAGGUCACGACCGUAGCCGUUGGCUAAAUUCACCGAACGUUUAUCAAAAGGUGGAGAUCUUAGAGACCGGCACCCCCGAUCCGAAGAAGAUUACUAAGUGGGUGGCUGAAGGAUCGCCCAGUCACUCCAGUACACCCGUCAAAAUCGACGCUGCCUUGCAGUUUGUCCCUCAGGGUACCAAUCCGAAGGAGUUCAAGCAAAAACAGCAACAGAUUAAAGACUACAGGAGGGCGGACAAAAUAUCGGCCGGUCCCCAGUCUCACAUUUUGGAGGGCGUGACGUGGGAGGAGGCUCGUAAGAUGCAGGACGCCGCCGUGACUCAAACAGGUGAUCAAGUAGUUCUAAUGGGGGCAGCGUCGAAGGGUAUAAUUCAAAGGGGACAUCAACACAACGCGAUGGUAUACAAGAGUCCUUAUGCCAAAAAUCCGUUCGAUUGUGUGACAGACGAAGAGCUGGAGGAUUACAAGAGGGUGGUCGAGAAGAAGUCUAAGGGAGAAUACGAUACAGACUAUAGUGAAUCGGAAGGGUUGUCUUCCUCGCAGAUUAACAAACGAUUGGACGGCCUUCAUUUGAGGUCGCCUACCUCAGUCACCAGUGAGACAGAAGAAGAAAGUAGAGACGAACCUCAGAUAUUAAGGAUAGAAACCACUACUGCCCCUAAACCGAGCCAACCUGAGGUCGUUUUAAGUGAUGUUGACUCCCCAGUAGAUCAGUUCCUAAGAAACGAAAGAGCUUCAGAAAACAGUUACAAAAGAGAGAACACCGUGAACGGGGAUCAAUCAGACGCUCAUAUGAGCACUUUGUCGCAAAGUAGUAAAGAGGACCGUUCCAUUUCCGAGGGUUCUCCCAAAAAGGACAAGAAGAAGAAGAAGGGCUUGAGGACCCCCUCGUUCCUUAAGAAGAAAAAGGAGAAGAAAUCACGUGAAGCAUAAGGUACUGCCAGGACGCCAUAACAUAAUUCUAAAAAACCUUAAUUAAACAAAAACCUCCUCCUCCUCCUCCAUCGAGACUGCCAGCGACAUAAUAUUUCGUUUUAAUUUUCACUAGUAAGUAGUACUAGGCAGCAGCUAGCAUUCUAUGCACUGCUAUGGUCUAAUAAUUUCGAUUAAAAAAAAAAAAAAACUUUAUUAUUAUUAUUGUAUGUGUAGCUUUAAUUGUACAGGAUUCCAGAGUUAUUGAUUUUUAAAGUCGGAUGUUAUGGAUUUUUAGCAAAAUAAACAAUUUGAAUUCGGUUAUAUUGUACUCAGCCUAAUGGGUAAAGUUAAUAUUAAAGGUGAUGUAAUUAUGUAUCACUGUGGUCCAAUGCCUUGGUAAGUAAUCAUUCCAAAUUUAUUAGUUUUAAAUGCAAUCAGUAAUUUGAGUACAUACGUUUACAUCACUGACAAAUUUGAGUUGUUUAUUCUGUGCAAUAUAUUUAUUAUUAAGUAAAUCGGUCUCUAUUUUUGGAUGAUUUCCGUAUAAGUAAACCUACUCAGCCUUUUAUUUUCGAUAUUAUUCCUAUAAUGCUUUCACCAAAAAUAGAAACAAAUUAAUUAUUAUUAUUAAUAAUGUAAUAAAAGUUUUUAUGCUUGAUUAUAUUGUAUAAGUAUGAAUAACGCUUUGGAACAAACCGUCUUAUAUUAUUGUUUUUUUUUAUAUAAAAAUUUAAAAUAUUGCCAUAUUUUUUUUUAAAUAAUGUCAUCAUACACGACUGUCAUGCGCAUUGGUGAGGGAUUUAACACUUUAUCGUUUGUUUCUUUUUUCUAUUGUAUUUAAUGUUUUUUGCACAAAAAUUACUCGUUUUAUAUGUAUACAUAAAUAUUUUUGUUUUCUUAGUAAUUAAGAAUAAAAACAGCUUUUUCUUGAUCA